UGGGGCUUAUCAGAAGCAAAAAGGCAGGGAGGAAACAAAGUGUCCUCCUUUCUCUCAUUUCUGACCACACAAGAUCACUGAAACCUUGAUUUCAAUUUCCAUUUCCCACCUCAAAGCCCCCAAUUUGUUUCUGAAACUCCCUCUCUACACUCAUUUAUAGUACACAAGAAUCCAUAGAAAAUGUCCUCAAUUUGUUCGCCACUUCGAGUUAUGCUGCCUCAAUGGAGUCACAAAAACGUCCGCUUCUUGAUUUUUCUCCACUCAAAGCGAAAGAUAGACUUCACUCCCCGCAUCAUUUCUUCUUCCAUCAACGAUGAUUCAGUUCCCAAACAACCCCAGUUGGGUUAUGAUCCUUCGGUGGAGCUCUUCGGACUGGAGGUUGAUCUACAACCCAGGAAUGUUACAUCUGAUGCUCCCAAAAUAAGGUCGUGGUUUGGUCCCAAUGGCCAGUAUAUCAGAGAGCUACCUUGCCCAAGUUGCAGGGGAAGGGGAUAUACACCAUGCACUGAGUGUGGAAUAGAAAGAUCUAGAUUAGAUUGUUCACAAUGUAAUGGAAAGGGUAUGCAGACUUGCCAUAAGUGCUUUGGGGAUUGUGUCAUAUGGGAAGAGUCUAUUGAUGAACGACCAUGGGAGAAAGCCCGCUCUGUCUCCCCACUCAAAGUGAAGGAAGAUGAUGAGGUAGACAACUUAGACAUAAAGCUGGAUGUGAGGAGAAAGUCGAAGCGUGUAUACCAAUCUCCAUCUCCUGAAGUUGGGUUAAAGAUCAGUCGAUCACUAAAAAGUCUCAAUGCCAAAACUGGUCUUUUUAGUAAGAGAAUGAAGAUCAUUCAUCGUGAUCCAAAGCUUCAUGCGCAAAGAGUGGCUGCAAUUAAGAAAGCCAAAGGUACUGCUGCAGCAAGAAAGCGUGCUUCUGAAGCUUUGAAAGCUUUCUUCCGUGACCCAGAGAACCGUCGUAAGAGAAGCAUUGCCAUGAAAGGUGCCAAAUUUUACUGUAGAAACUGCGGACGUGAAGGUCAUAGGAGACACUACUGUCCUGAACUCGCCAAUAGUUCAGUGGAUAGGCGGUUCAGAUGUCGGUUAUGUGGGGAAAAGGGCCAUAAUAGAAGAACCUGUCGGAGGUCAAGAGAAAGUGGUACCAGAAGCACGGUUUCAAGGCAUCACCAUUGUAGGAUAUGUGGUCAUAGCGGCCAUAACCGCAGGACAUGCCCUCAAGGUACUGGGUUAAAAUUAGAUGCCGGUGGUACAAACAGAGGUUCUCUAAUUUCUGGAAGUAGGAUAUAUGCCUGCAGGUUGUGCCUAGAAAAAGGACACAAUAUCAGGACAUGUCCUAGCAAAAAUAAAUAGCCUGAUGAAGAUUAAUCUUUUCAGUUGGAGGAAGAAACCAUUUGGCCUUGUUGUGGAGAAAGGCAUCUUAGACGAAUUAAUGUCAGGAACAGUAGACAGAAUAGAAGAAGAAAACUUGUCCUGCACAUUGGCUUCUCUUCAAUUGUCUGUGCUUGCAAUGAAGUUGCUUAAUAUUGGAAUUGUGUCAUCCAACAAUUUGAAACCUGAAUUGGAAUGAAUGCCUAAAGCUUAAAAUAUUAUACAUUUUUCACAA